GGAAGAUUUACGUAAGCCGGUAUUGUAUUAAAUUAAAAACCUUUCAAUAUAUAAAAAUUGUUUGCAUCAUAAUAAUCAUAGCUGUUCAGUUUCGAAAGUAUUCAACAUUGACUGCUGUAGUAUUUAAAAUAAACCCUUCAUUUAUAUCGGAACCGUUGAUUAUAAACAUUGUGAAGGUUAUAUACAAUGAGUACUGUGAAGGAAGUGAUAAUUUAGUUCAAUGGUUUUACAUUGGGCAGAAGUGAACCCAUUUGUUUUUAUUUGCCCUUAUUUAGGCCAUGAUUUGGAAUUUGAAAGAAUGUCCUAUUCCAGUGGAUAUGUAUCCUGCUUUCGUAUUAAGGGAGUACCAAUAUUACCACCCAUAUUAACUGAUGAAGAAAGACGACAAUGUCGAAUUUACAAACAACAGGCUAUAGAUGUGGAAAAAAGGCUACAAGAAAAAAGGUUGCUAAAAGAAAAACAACUCGAAUCUGUGCAGGAAGAAUUAUCACAAUGUGAAGAUGAAAAUAGUUCUUCAACAGAAAUGGAAGUCUUGGAUUUCAUACGUAAAGCACUUGGGGAUUCUAAUGAUUUGGAAGAAGUGAAACUUCUUAUCUCACAGGUUGGAGAAGAACUUAAAAAACGUAAAUCUAUUGGAAGUCAUGAUUCCACUUUUAAUGAUGUAGACAGCAUUUCAUUUAACCAGAGUACAGAUAUGUGUAAUGUAGAUAGAGUUGCUAAUUAUUUUGAUAAACAAAAUGUGGACGAGUCAGUCGCUUAUAUCAAUCACCCUGACUUACAAUUAGUAUCCCAAAAAAUUGAUGAAGAGCACCUAAUUUCUAAAGGCAAUAGUCCUGGACAUGCUGCUACUACAGAAAAUCCUAAAGUUGUUUCUGAAGCUGAAGAAGCGGUUACUUCAAUAUUUUCCAGAAAUGUCAGCCAGUUACCUUUCGAUGAGGUCACUUCAGAAUUUUCAAGACAUUCCAACCAGUUACAGUCAGAUGACAUUUCUUCAGAAUUUUCAAGAAAUUCCAAUAAGUUACUUUUUAACGAACUUCCUGAAACUUACGUGACUGAAUCGAGUCAAAUUGAUUUGUCAAAUGUUCAUAAGGAAAAAGUGUCACCAGCCAGGAGUAGUGGAAGUGGAGCAAUCACUCCUCCCAAAUUGAUAAGAAGUAAUUCUUAUACUUUAGAUUCUCCAAGCCCUUCUGUUUUAAUGUAUUUAAGAUCCUUGGCUCUUGAAAAUUCUAGUGAAAAAGUUGAAGUUUCCACCAAAGUUAUUAAAAACUUAAAUAAUUAUUGGAAAGAUGAAGAGCCUAAUGUAGGAAAUCCUCUUGCUGCGGUUUUUGAAUUGAAAAAUGGAGUUGACAAUGUAGAAAGUGAUAACUCUGAUCAUGAAGUGAAUAAUUACAAAACACAUAUUAAUAACGAAGUUGAUCUUUUAAAGAUUCCAGAUAAACAGAAUGGGUAUAUCACACAUCUUAAUAAUAAAGUUAGUCCUUUGAAGAUUGAAGAUGUCUGUAAUGAUGAAAUUGAUGAUGAAAAAGUGAAAGCAGCUAUAAUUAUUCAGGGUGCUGCUCGAGGUUUUUUAGUGAGGCGUUUAAUGAAAACUCAAAAAAUAAAAGAUCUGAAAGUUAUUAUCAAGGAAGCAGUUCUUUGUGCUUGGAAUUUAUACGGCGAGCAAGCUGUCAGCCCUGCUGAUGUUCAGCUUCAUGAAAGGAUAAUACAGCAGGUAACUGCUGCAUGUUAUGAAUUGCAUUCCAUUUUCUUUAAUUGGUCUACAACGGACAGGAUGGCUUUGAUUAGAUCUGACAGAGAAAAGUUGAAGUAUCCAAAACCGAAGUUUAGGCCUUCCAGGAAUAGAAAAGUGAGUGAAUCUAAUUCAGUUAGCAGUAGUACCAGAUCAAAAUCUGCGUCUUCUGUAUCUGUAAUGUCAAGAAGCAGUACUCCUGGAGAACUGUCCCGUCCUACGACACUACCGACCAGUUUAAGAAAAAAUGUCAAGUAUCAGGCUUGGAGCAGGUGAUUCCUGAUGUUGGCGAUAAUUAUGGAUACCAUUUUGUGAUUGAUUGAAAUUAAAACCAAAGCACUGUUGUUUUUAUUUUUUUAUUUUUGUAAGUUUUUUAAUUUAAUAGUCACCAAUAAAAUGUGCCUUUAUUAAUACAUAUCAUGUAUUUAGAGUAGAAUAAUAACAUUGUUCACUAGUUUGGCUUAAAGCCACCUUUAGAUUAUAUUUUUUAACAAAUAAUUUAAUUAUUUUGCAUGUUCAUCUCUAAUGUUUGUCAAAUACAUAUAUUUUUGCAAGUUUA